AUGUAACACUUAUGCAGGCAGCCUUUAAACCAGAUCAAUCACAUAAAUCUCAAGCCUUUAAGUCAGAGGCCUUUUUCCAUCUCUAAAUCUCAAAGUACUCCUAAAAUCCGUGGAUCAACUGACAUGCGUCCAAUUGCAAAAACAAAUUAUCUUCCUAACUUUCUUUUCAAAAAUAUAAAAAAAAAAUUUUAAAUAAAAACAGUUUUCCCUGAUAAAAAAAAAUGAAAAAAAGGGGUAAGACUUCAAUGGCAUUUUCAGAUCCAGCAUAUGUUUCUAGGAUUCGGCCAAGGCAGAUUAAUAUAGAUAAAGAACGCUUAUAUGAAGAAAAUCUCAUUUUAAAGCAGCUCUGCAACACUAUAUCUGAAGAAAACACUCAAUUGAAGACAAAACUAUCUCAGCUAGAAAAAGAGCUUGAAAAAAACCAGCAAAGCACUUCCCCAGAUAUAAAAUCCACCUCCCACCUAGUAGAAAACUUGAAAACUGUUAUUCGUGAUGUUAAAGCUGAACUGCAAGCCAAAUUUUAUUAAUUAUCUAUAUCUCCUUUAGCGUCCAUUAAAAAUAAUUAAAAUAUUCUAAUUAUAACAAAAAGGCAGGCCAUAUUAAUAAUUAAUGCCAAGCCAAAGACAAAGAGCUUGAUUUAUUAAAAAGAUCAACACGACUUACCAAAAUGCAAGAAAUGGGUGAAGAAUUGCAGCAAUAUGCCAAUGAAUGCAUGAGGCUGAAAAGAAUGCUUAUGGAAGUCGUCAAUGAUAAGAAGCCUUGGCCUGAUAAUUCAGGAUUUUUAGAACAAUUACAAAAUGAAAGGGAACAGUUACAGCAAGCUUUAAGAUUUUACCAAGAUUCUGAUGCGUUGAAAAGUGAAGAGAUUGUAUAGGAUUUUUAAUCAUUUUGACUUAAAAUUUGUAAUGCUAUUAAUUAAAUGUCCUAUCUUCUAGGAAGAAAUAAAAGGUGAGGUUGAUGGAAAUUUGACUCUUUGUGGAGCAGGUAGGGCCUAUACUAAUGAAGCUGAAAGCAGGAGCUUGUCUUUUUUGAAGUAGGCCUUCAGGUUUGGGGAAGCCUUGCCAAAGAGGGAAGUUUUGUUUCUCGCUGAAGGUUUUCCUGUCUCUAUCAAAUGGGCUAGAUAGAUUUGCCUAUCACAUAGUAUUCUCUAAUCAGGACUAUCGGGGCAUUCUAGAGGUGGUAGCUCUACACUAGUGAUUCAGGUCGGAAAUUCAAAUUGGCGAUAUUUGGAGUCAAGUUGGAUAGCAGCUACUGGGUUUAGCCACUAAUGGUCACAUAAACUUUUAAUUUAAAUUAUCUUCUAGGGUAAAAUGCACAAACGAAAUGGUGACUUAUCCGACCCAUCCCUUUACCUAUGCCUUUGGGUUUUUUAUGUUUAAGGGAGAUUAUACCUGAAAAAUAUGUCCGAUUUGGUCAGGACACCACGAUAGGAGUUUUUUAUCCUGACUUAGAGACAAUUUCACCAUGGUAACCCACAUUUCAGGAUGCAAAGGGUAAUUGAGAUCAGAAUAAGGAUUAGGGGUGCCUCCUAUCUCCCAUCUCUGGGUAGAUAGUGUCAACCACUAUGGCUUGUUCAAGGAAGUGCCUGGUGAAUCUCCUGGGAGAUUCUGACUCACCAUUUUUUGGUGACGUCGACAAAAAAGAGUGUAAGCGCAACCCGAUGGUUAGGGCGAGUAGCCUGAAGUUAGCGAAGGGGAGAGGGGCUGAAAUAAAUCCUGAAGACCCAUUCUAAAUUUAAUCUAUCUAGGAUAAAAUAGGCAUUUAUUUUUCUAGAAUUAUAAUAGGAGGGUUAUAUACAGUUAAUUAUUAAUAACUUUAAAAAAACAAUUGAAGAAAAAUGACCCAGAGAAGGACACAAGCAAAAAAUUGAUGAAAGACGAGCUUGAAAAAUUAAAAAACCAGCUAAACGACGAAAGAAAGAUAAACGAGCUAAAACCAGAAAAAAAUGAUGUCGCAAUGCAAAGCAGCUUGGCUCGAGAAGAAGAAGAAAAAGUUAAUGAAGUCGUAAAAAAUAAAGAUGAAGAAAUUAGAAAUUUGUAUUUAGAAAUGAGUGCAAUGGAAAAAAAGGCUACAAGACAAGAAAAAAUAUACCUUUUCUUAUAAAAAAAUCAUGAAAACAUAUUUUUGCACUAUUUAUUCAUAUUAAAAAAUCAAAAAUUAUAAGAUUCUAUUCAGAAUUAAUUAUAUAAUCGCUGAGCUUCAAAAAGAAAUAAAAGACUUAAAUAGCAGAGCUAUAGAAGAUACAAAGAAAAAAGAGCUAAUUAAUGCUCAAAAAGAGCUUAUAAAUGGCCAAAAAGAUUUUGAAGUCGCUUCUACCAAAGUCGGCAUAAAGCUUGAAGACUCCUAUAAGAAGCUUGAAGAAUCAAUCAAAAGUGACGCAAAAUCAGAAUCAAGCGAAAUUAAAUCAAAAAACAGCGAAACCUCCAAAAACGAAGAAGAAUUUCUCGAAAAAAACGACCCAGUACAAGAAAUCUCAUCAGAAAAAGACUAUAACGAAGAAGAAUCCUACAAAGAGCAGCAAGAAUUCGAAAACCCUAACGAAGACGUCUACAUCCCAGACGACAAAAUUGAGCUGGAAAGUGCCAAACUUAACCCCAAAGAAGAAGAAGGCCUUAUCAUCUCAUUUUUGAUGAAAAUAAAAUAUUUUUUGAUGCAAAACAAACUUGAUAUCCAAGAAUGGGUCAGUGACAUCGACAUAAAUAACUUAACUUAACUUAUUAGGUUCUGUAUUUAACGCCAUUCACGGGGUGACCCCUCCCAGAGCUUCCCGCUGCUUCUUCGCCGCAUAGGGCUCGCCGACCGUCUGGGGCCAGUCAGCCUCGAUCUCCAGUACGCGCCUCCGGAGCAGUGUUGCUGACUAAGGCGGCUCAUGCCUGAGCUACUUCGCUUGAGGACAUGGGUUGCCAUUCCGAAAAUCCAUAAAAAAUGGAUUUUCUGGUAGGCUUUCGGCAAAAAGGAAAAACACGAAGCUUGGGACGUAACGCCCAGUUUCACGCUAGGGAGUUGCCCGAUUGGUCCUAACGGACUUGGCUGAGCUUCCCCUUUCCAACUUGCGUGCCUCCUUUCCCAUGAGGAAAAAACAUUCCCGAAAAGUAAACUUGGGCUAGGCUCUGAGCACAACCAGAAUUGCUUACCUAGCAUUGCCGUCCGUUUCUGAAAUGCAAAACCUUGCCGGAUAUAAUUAAAAUAUGAGUCGAGUAUGCAUGGCCGAGAGGCCAUGCCCCAGACGAAGACGCCAUAUUUUAAUUAUCCAGUGACAUCGACAUAAAUAAAAUCGGGAUCAUCAAUUUAGACGACUUACAGACAGUUUUAUCACAAGAAGCCAUAAAUUUAUCACAAAAUGAGUAUGACUGCUUUAUGAAAAGAUUUGGCGAAAAUGACCACCAGGUUUUGGUAUCAGUCCUUAUAGAGGAAUUGGCGAAUAUGGAAAUGGAUGAUAUUUCUGAUACCUCUUAUGAUAGUAAUAAUAAAGAAAACAGCUGGAUUUUAAAGAUUGAUAAAAGUUUGGUCGAAAUCGCCGCAUGUGAAAUAGGGACACGAUUUAAUUAUAAUGUGGUGAGGGAUAAAAAAAAAUAUAAAAAAAAUAAUUGAAUAAGGGUUUGGACGUUUUUAUUGAAAAUAAAUGAAAAUUAAGCCAAAAUAGGAUAUAUUGAGCUUAUUUUAAAUUUAGAAGAGUAUGACAAGGAUUCAUUAGAAAAAUUAUUUACAUCAGAAAAUAUUUUGAUAGAAAAAGACUCAAUACGAGAAGCUUUAAUAUUGUCAAUUCUUGACGAAAAAGACACUGUGACAAAGGGAGAAAUAAUAGAAAAGCUUGGAUUUUUGCUGAGAGACUGGAAACCUUUGUCUAAAUCUGAGAUUGAAGGAGUUAUUAGAAGGCUUAGAAGCUUGCUGAUGGAUGAAAUUGAUGUUAUUGGGUCCAGAGUUGAGGAGAAAAGCCAAGGAAAUGAUUUAUCCACUCUGUUGUAAAUACGUUAUAAAUUCUUAAUAAAAAUCCCCAUCUACAUUUUUCAUAUAAAAUGGCAUAGUCCCCAUGAAUAUCAUAAUUGAAGAGCUCAGAAUCCACCGAAUAAUCAGCCAAAAAUCAGAAUUCAGCUGGGCAAUGACCCAACUCUUCAGCUACAACCAGUCCAUCUACAAAGUCCCCUACAAGCAAGCUCUAGAAGACAUGCAAGAAGGCAUCCCAUUCACAGACCUAAAUGUCUACGAAAACCCAGAAACCAGCCAAAUUGAAGCAGGCAGCGCCGUUUUUGAAGAAUCCAUUGAAGAAAUAGAAAACAACCCAGAGCCCCAAUAUAAAGAAGAAUACCAAGAGUCCUUUAAUUCUGACAUAGAUGAAAAUUAA